GCUCCCCUGUUAAAAACCAACCAAAACAACCCAAACCACACGGCAAACCUGCGCACCGCGCGGGCUUUCCGCUCCUGCCGCGCUCCGCAGCCCCGUCCCGCGGCGGCCGGGCAGGGCUGGGCCGGGCCGGGCCAGGGGAGGAGCGGCGGCAGACGGAAGUGAAAACAAGAGCGGGGGGCCGGAGCUGCCGCCUCGCAGACGCGCUGCGGUGUCCUCGCCUCUCCGCGCUGUGCCGCACUGCCGGGCAUCAGUUCUUUGGAUUUGGUCGGUGAAUACUAAACAUCAUGAGCAACUACAGCGUGUCUUUGGUCGGGCCGGCUCCCUGGGGUUUCAGGCUUCAAGGGGGCAAGGAUUUCAAUGUGCCUCUGUCUAUCUCUCGACUUAAUGACGGUGGCAAGGCAGCCCAAGCACAUGUGGGGAUCGGUGAUGUGGUUCUCACCAUUGAUGGGAUAAGCACAGAUGGCAUGACUCAUCUAGAAGCACAAAACAAGAUCAAGGCAUGUACAGGCAAUUUGAACAUGACUCUGCAAAGAGUGUCUUCUAUACAAAAACCUGAUCAUUUUCAUGUGACAAAGGCAGAACCUACCGAAGUAGUUAAGCCUGUGCCCAUUGCCUCUGCUGUUGCACCCAAAGCCACUGCCACAGCCAGCGUGGCUUUCAAUAAGACACCGAGGCCGUUUGGAGCUGUAACCUCCUCCAAGGUCACCUCCAUCCCAUCACCGUCCUCCGCCUUCACGCCGGCGCAGGCUGGAGUGCAUGCUAACGCCAAGCCUAACGCUGAGCCCUGGCCGCCUGCGCCGGCGGCUCCUAAACCUGCAGUUCCUGUCCCACGGCAGCACGGCGCCGACGGCGCCCAGGACGCAGCCGAGGGGCCGCGACGAGGAGGCAGAGAGAACCAGGGGGAGAGUAAACAGCAAAAUGGGAAAAAUCCACCCAAACGCCCCCCACGGAAGCACAUCGUGGACACCUACACGGAGUUCUACCACACGCCCACGCACAGCGACGCCAGCAAGAAGCGGCUGAUCGAGGACACCGAGGACUGGCACCCCCGCACCGGCACCACCCAGUCCCGCUCCUUCCGCAUCCUCGCCCAGAUCACCGGCACGGAUCACAUGAAAGAACCAGAAAAUGAAGCUGGGAAGAAGACUAAGAAAAGACAAACAGAAAAUGGAGACUUCAGCAUGCCUGCAGAUCUACCUGAUGGAGCAGGAACCCAGGAUACCUGUACUAAUUUGAAUAAAAAAUCCAUAGCUACCCCAGCUUUGGAGAUGCCACCUGCACCAGAAUUUCCAUCCACACCUUUACCGCCUUUGAGUGAAAACAAUGCUAGACCAGAACCUGCAGCUGCUCUUUUGCCGAUAGCAGAUUCCUGCCCUGGCAGUGUCCCUUCUCCCAGACUUUCUGAACAUGUUGCUGCACCAGCUCCUAUGAGGAAGAUAACCGUGCCUGCUCCAGAUGCAGCAAGCUCUUUGCCAGCAGAUGAAGCACCUGCUGUCUCCAAGAUGUGUGCUGUGGCCACACAGACCACCGAGUUCCCCCUGCCUGCUGACCCAGCUGGGGGGCUGCCUUCUCCAGCUCUGCAUGCAGGAACAGCCCUCGGGCUGCCUCCUGCCCUUGCCAGGCAUGAAGCAUCUCUGCCUACUUGUGAAACAAAUUCUUUCAAUAAAAUCUCAAGCUUUCAGUCUAAAUCAUCUGUAAGUCAUACAAGCUUCUGUGCUGCAAAAGUAAUGCUGGAAGAUCCUUCGGGAAAUCUGCCAAUCCUUGGACCCUCUCCUCCUCCAGCUCUUUCUCCUUUUGAGCAGAGAUCAAAAAUUAAGAGCAUGGCUGCUGCUGCAGUGUCUGCUGCGAUUGCUGUCCGGGCCAGACUCCACGAGCCUAGUGCCUACCGCUCGCUGCUGGAUGCGCUGCUCAUCACGCCUGUCGCAAAGCCUCCCCUGCCGGCCAGCGCGCCCUCCAGGAAAUCCACAAGUGCUCUGGAGUUGCCAAAGAGCAAGAGUGAUUCCCUGGAAGCUGCCCAGCCUGCCCCGGUGAGGAGCAUCCCUGCCUGCCAGGACAACGUGGAUGUGAGACCUGCUGCUGCCAACUCCUCACCUGCCACAGUCCUCAAGCCAGUGGCACCCCUGGGUUCUGCCAAGGGUUGGCAGCCUCCAAGCCAAGCAGCUCCUGUCAGUGGAUGGACAUCAAACAGUAUUAAAUCACCUGGAACAACUGCCCCGAGUGAAAAAGCUGCAACAGCACCUCAGCUGAAUGAGCAGGACACGUUGGUUCAGCGGGCGGAGCAUAUUCCAGCGGGGAAGCGCACUCCCAUGUGUGCACACUGCAACCAGGUCAUCAGAGGACCCUUCUUGGUGGCUUUGGGAAAGUCAUGGCAUCCAGAGGAGUUUAAUUGUGCCCACUGCAAAACCUCCAUGGCCUACAUAGGAUUUGUGGAAGAGAAAGGGAUGCUGUAUUGUGAGGUCUGCUAUGAGAAGUUCUUUGCCCCUGAGUGUUCAAAGUGCCAAAAGAAGAUCCUUGGGGAAGUAAUAAAUGCUUUGAAACAAACUUGGCACGUUUCCUGCUUCGUGUGUGUGGCCUGUCAUAACCCCAUCCGCAAUAAUGUUUUUCACUUAGAAGAUGGUGAUCCCUACUGUGAGACGGAUUACUAUGCCCUCUUUGGUACGAUGUGCCAUGGCUGUGAAUUCCCCAUUGAAGCUGGAGAUAGGUUUCUUGAAGCCCUGGGCCACACUUGGCAUGACACCUGCUUUGUAUGCUCUGUAUGUAGUGACAGUUUGGAGGGCCAGACUUUCUUCUCCAAGAAGGACAAGCCACUGUGCAAGAAACACGCCCACUCUGUCAACAUCUGAAACUUGGAGUUCGUCUUGUGUAACAAAUGUACUGAGCAGAAAGGUUAAAAUGUCCAUGUUCAAUAAUUGGUUAAAAUUAUUUAUACCAAUUUUUUCUAAAAUGUAAAAGUCAUGUGGAAACUUGCAGAAAGGAUUGUACACUAAUUUUUCAGAAUGCUUAUCAUUUAUGAUUUUGCUUCAUGAAAAGAAAGGUAUCAGGAAUUGCACCCAAGCCAAACAAUUAGAGUGUCUUUAUCUCUGCACUUCACACAUUACUGUAUUUCAUGAUUUUAUGACCACAUUUAUCUCUGUUUCAUUAUGAGAAGUGAAGCAUCUAUAAAAGUAAAUACCUGAUAUUAGAGGUCUCAGUCUUGCUGCUAUUCAAGAAAUAAAAGGAGUUUGGAUUCAGCAAUCCCAAUCACUUUAUUUCAGUGAUGUUUUUAAAGUGUGUCCAGAAGUAUUGCAGCUAAACUCCAUUAAAAAGAACUCAAAGUAAAGAUAAGAUUACACAAAAUAUAUAGUUCCAAAACUUUUUUUUUUUAAUCUGAUAUUUGUAUUCAGGAAGCUUCCUACAUAAUUACAUGUACCUAUGCCUUUGCACUUGAAUUUCUGAUGGGUUUGCAAGGGACAGAGGUUUUUACAAAGCAUUUAAAUGGCUAUGCUGGUAAAAAAAAUAUUUAGAAGGUGCCACUUAAAACAUAAAUGGGAUACUGUUCUGUAACUCAUGUACUACCAGAACACUAGCCAAAAUCCCAUGCUGCUGAGAGUGUGUUUGAUAGAAUGAAAAUGUCAGAUGAAAUCUUAAGGGAGCAGGGAUUUCAACUCUUGUGUUUGCAGUUCAGGUUUUAGGUAGCUUUAAGUGCCUUGUGAAGGGGAAAUUGUGCUGAAUCUGCAGGUAACAGCGUUUUGUAUCCAGGAUGUGAGAUUCUGGUGUUGAACGAGGGAAGCUGUUGAAGUGCAGCUGAGGACAUUGGUUUUUUCUCAGUACAUUCUUUACCAUGUAGCUCACGAAUAUGUAUAUUGGUGGUGUGCCAGGUAGCAUACUGAAAACUGAACUUUCUUACUCAGCUAUUAGGAUUUUUAUUAGUUAAGGAUUUAUUUUUCACCUUUCUUCCAGAUGUAGGGAAUGUAUUGUUAAAUGAUAUUCCAUUGGUUUAAGCAGCUCAGUACCUCUCAGAUCUUGCAAGGGAGCAGAGAGACAAUGCUGUCAUUAUGCAUUUGCUGCUAGCCAGAUCAGCUGAUUCUGUGGAUUGAUAGGAAUUUUGCAUCCACACAGAGAGGCAGCACAAGAGCAGUGCACCAGCUCAGUCCCCCUUAGCCUCACAUUAGGGCUCAACUGGUUUAAUUGGAGCAAUUGCAGGCAGCCAGGGAGGAGGUGUGCUCCUCUGCACAGGGUGAAUUUGCUUCUGCAGAAUAGUAUAACAGUGAAGGGGGCUCUCUUGGGACCAGAGCAGAUACCUGAAGGAAACUGAAUUUACAUGCUGUUUGAUUCAACUGGAGUGUCAGAGUUGAAUUGUUAGUCUUUAGUGCUCUUUCUAGUAGUAGACAUUAAAAAUAACCAUUUACUGGUUUUGUUGUUGUGGGGUGGGUUUUUUUACUGAUUAAAGGGAUAGUUUUAUCCAUAAAACCAUGGAUAAAAAAGUAAAAAAAAAAAUUGCUAUGGCUGAGUAAAGUAAUUGUAAUGAGGAGCAUCAGCAAAAGAGGAGGAAAGAAAACCAAAAUUGCUGUACUGAAAUAUGAAAAAAUAUUUGGCUUUUUAUUAAUUCAGUGAGACAGGUUCACAUUGUGGGGCUGUUUCACUUUAUUUCCUGAAGUUGCUUUUAUUCAAUAUUACCACGUUUCUUUUUUAACUUCCAGUGGUACAGAAGAAAUUUGGUAAAUUUGGUGAAUGUUGUUAAAUAAGAAAUUUGGUGGUACGGUAUAAAGCUGUUUAAAAUGUUUACACUCUUGUAGGUCUACCCUUUUGUGAGUUUGGCUGAAAAACAGAAGGGUGGAAGGAGACUGGACAAAAUACAGUAACAUAUAAUCCAGGUUGCUUUUAAAAUUAAGUGGAAUGUGGAGAAAUGAGACCUACGGACUAGGUUUCAGUGGAGCUUUAUUGCACAUGUGUGAGGAAAGAGGGGGAAAUGCACAGGAAAAGGCAUUCCAUAAUUUCUGUGAUUCAAACCUUGCAAUUUUAACAUAGGAUAAAAACUUCUCAGUUUGUCAUUGUCCUUAAAAUCCAGUUAAAUUUUGUUUAGCCUCAUAAUUUUAAUUGGAAUUUUAUUUUUAAUCCACAUGCUCUAGGGUUUGAAAUUUUGCAGUUGUUAAUGAAUUUGAGGACAAAAGCCUGAAAGGCUCCAAUAGAACUGCUUCAUUUAGCUGCUUUGCUUUUUAAUUUCUGCUUUUAUCUAUUUGUUUAAAAUUUUAAAGGAAGCAUAGAGUCACUGAUAGAUAAUGAAUAUUUAAUGGCUUUACCAAAUUAUAUAAAUCAAUUAAAAGGAACAUAAUUUUUAUCGUUAUUUUAAUAAGUGAGAUUUUAGUAGAGCACUUUAUAAUAAUGCCAUAUAUCUCACUGAAUAUUUAUUACCUUUUUUGUUGUUGUUGUUUAGAACUAUUUCAUUCUGGUAUUAUUUUGUUUUAUUUUAAGCCUGCCUUUACCUCUAGAAUCUUUUGGGGUCUGAGUGUAUGUGUUUAAAUAUACUUCUUUCUACAUGCACAUGUAUGCACAUGCAUCAAGAGACAUAAUUAUAAAUGUGCAUUUGAAUGCAGACUUGACAUAGCAAAAAAUCAUUUGGGGAUUUAGUGAGAUUCCCAACUGCUUUUCACACAACACACAUAUAGCAUUCAUGUUAUGAGGGAAUGUUACAGUCAGGACAGAUAUAUUAGUUACCUAACUACUGUAUAUCUUUGCAUGCAUUUUCAGUCAGGCAUUGUUUUUCUUCCAAAACUGCCUGUGAGAGAAUUUGGCUUAACUCUGUUUGGAGGUAGAAUGUCUUUAUAAGUGAAUAAUUCAUCCAUGAUGACAGUUUCAGUACGUUGUAAUGAAAUAAUUCAGGAUUACAUGUAAAUAUAAAUGCUUAAUAUAACAAUGCCAUAAACAUAAAAGCAGGUGUUGAGUUGUGGUUCAGUGUGUGUUGGUCUGUUAAUUGUGUACCUAUUUCUUCACAGAGCUACUUGCAUCAUCUAGCCAUGCCAGCUGCUUUGCAAACAUUGUUUUAUGCUAAACUACCAGCUCUUAAGUCCUGGUGAUUUCUUUGCUUGUGUUUAAUAAUCUUUGGUAUUAAAUUUUGUCUGUUCACAUUUGCAAUUUUAAUUACAAUUGAAAAACAUAACAAGCAAAUAAACCCUACUCAAAACCUGAAA